GAACCUGGUGAAAAUUGCACUCAAAGUUUAAUCAACGACUGGAAAAUGAGAAAGCUUGAAACAAAACAAGAUUAUCGAUGUCACCGUGAGAACUCUGUUAUAUCUGAUUCUACUGUAACCGAUGGUUCUGAUCAACGUUGUUCUGAUGUUUUGACAUUAUGGGACGAAAUAUCAAUUAAAGGCAGUAACAAUCCUAGUGAAUCUUCAAUUGUCGAUCAAGAUAUAUAUGAUAACUCUAUAAGCCAUGAUUCGCAACAGCCGUUAAAAAGAUCUCAAACUGAAUGCCAAUCGGAAAAUUCUGUCGGCGAGGAGGAAAUA